UCACUCAUUCACUCAAAUCCAAAAACCCUAGGUAGCUCUCACUCCCUCCCUCUCGCAAUGGCCGCAGCUGCCCGCCCCCUUGUCACCGUCCAGUCCCUCGAGGGCGACAUGGCCACCGACGCCUCCGCCACCGUUCCCAUCCCCGACGUCAUGAGGGCCUCCAUCCGCCCCGACAUCGUCAACUUCGUACACUCCAACAUCUCUAAGAACAGCCGCCAGCCCUACGCGGUCAGCCGCCGCGCCGGCCACCAAACAUCCGCCGAAUCCUGGGGAACAGGUCGUGCCGUCUCCCGUAUCCCCCGUGUUCCCGGUGGAGGAACCCACCGUGCCGGCCAGGGAGCCUUCGGCAACAUGUGCCGAGGUGGCCGCAUGUUUGCUCCGACCAAGAUCUGGCGCCGCUGGCACCGCAAGAUCAACGUCAACCAGAAGCGCUACGCCGUUGUCUCUGCCAUCUCUGCCUCCGCCAUCCCUUCUCUCGUCCUUGCCCGCGGCCACCGCAUCGAGACCGUCCCGGAACUCCCCCUCGUUAUUAGCGACUCUGCUGAAGGAGUCGAGAAAACCAAGGAAGCAAUCAAAGUCCUGAAACAGAUUGGCGCCUUCCCUGACGCCGAGAAGGCGAAAGACAGCCACGGCAUUCGUCCUGGAAAGGGAAAAAUGCGCAACCGUCGCUACAUCUCCCGAAAGGGUCCACUAAUCGUUUACGGAACAGAAGGAGCUAAAGCUGUUAAGGCUUUCCGUAACGUCCCUGGCGUUGAGGUGGCCAAUGUUGAGAGGCUCAACCUUCUUAAGCUCGCUCCCGGUGGUCACCUUGGGCGUUUUGUGAUUUGGACCAAGUCUGCUUUUGAGAAACUGGACUCCAUUUAUGGGUCCUUUGAUAAGCCCAGUGAGAAGAAGAAGGGUUACCUGCUGCCAAGGUCCAAGAUGGUGAACUCCGACCUUUCCAGGAUUAUUAAUUCUGACGAGGUUCAGUCCGUUGUGAAGCCCAUUAAGAAGGACGUGACUCGGGCCACGCUCAAGAAGAACCCUCUCAAGAAUCUCAAUGUCAUGCUCAAGCUCAAUCCCUAUGCCAAGACUGCUAAGAGGAUGGCUUUGCUUGCUGAGGCCCAGCGUGUUAAGGCCAAGAAGGAGAAGCUCGAUAAGAAGAGGAAGACUGUGUCCAAGGAGGAGGCUUCUACCAUCAGAGCUGCAGGAAAGGCAUGGUAUCACACUAUGGUGUCAGAUUCGGAUUAUACAGAAUUCGACAACUUUUCUAAGUGGUUGGGUGUGUCACAGUGAACUUUGUGAUUUAUAUUUUCGCAUUAGAUUUUUUGUUUUGUAUGCUUAUUUGAACUAAAUAUUUUUGUUUUUUUGAUUUUGCGGGUUAAGGUUAUCAUAAUUAUUCAGACAGGUCGAAAUUUUGAUUGUUGGAUUUUAGUGCAAAUUCUGGUUAUCUUUUAUUUACAAUCGUCUAUUAUAUGGUGGUUCUUUCCUAA